AUGAGGUUCUCUGGCGCCUUCGCACUGCUCGCGGCCGUCCUGCCCGUGCUCGCCCUCCCCGUUCACGACAACAGUUUCCCCUACAUCGGCGUGAAGGUCUUGCGCAUCCCUACUGGCAACACCACGACGGCCCUCGAUGACCUAGUCUCUCAGUUCGACCUCAGCUCAUGGACGUCUGUCUCACGCCCCAACUCGCACAUCGACGUUGAGGUACCCAAGGCGAAGCUCAAUGCUUUCACGACUGCCGCUCAGGCGAUCCUCGACCAGGACGGCAUCGCCAAUUCGAUCGAGACGAUGCACGAAGACCUUGCAGCCAGCAUCAGAAAGGAGAGCGAGAGCAUGAUCGCCGCUGCGAGCAAGAAGGUCGCCAGUGACGACGCUGAGGCUCUCGUUGGAUUGGCGAACCAAGCGUGGUUCAACGCGUACCACUCGUAUGCUGACCAUCUGACCUUCCUUGAUGAUUUGGUUGCGACCUUCCCCAAUAAUGCCAAGAUCGUGAGCUCUGGCACCUCCAUCGGAGGCCGCGACAUCAAAGGAAUCAACAUCUUCGGCUCGAGUGGCUCUGGCACAAGGCCUGCUAUCAUUUGGCAUGGCACCGUUCACGCUCGGGAAUGGAUCACGUCUAUGACAACGGAAUACCUGGCGUACAGUCUCCUCAACAACUACGCCAAUUCCACGGAGGUCAAGUCAUACGUCGACAAAUACGAUUUCUAUAUUUUCCCCGUUGUCAACCCCGAUGGCUUUGUCUACACUCAGACCACCACGCGUCUCUGGCGUAAGAACAGGCAAGCUCCUCCCUCUGGUAGCACCUGCUAUGGUAGGGACAUCAACCGUAACUGGAACGUCGCCUGGUCUCAAACGAAUGGUGCCUCGACGAACCCCUGCUCAGAGACAUUCAAAGGCCUUGCCCCUCUAGAUGCCCGCGAGACCCAAAGCCUUGCCGACUUCAUAAACGCCAAAGCAAACUCCGCCGUUGGCGCGAAGAUGUUCCUCGACUGGCACUCUUACAGUCAGCUCUUCAUGUAUCCGUACGGCUAUUCUUGCACAAGGCUCUCUGCGGACAACACGGAGUUCGGGCAGCUCGCCUCCGGUUUCACCACAGCCCUCCGCGCUGUGCACGGGACGCGUUUCACCUCGGGCCCGAUCUGUACUACUAUCUACGCCACCACCGGGUCCUCCGUCGAUUAUGCCUAUGAUGUUUCUAAAAUUAAAUAUUCCCUCACGGUCGAGCUUCGCGACACAGGAGCGAACGGAUUCGUCCUUCCCGCCAACCAGAUCCGUCCCUCAGGCGAGGAGGUUUGGGCUGGCGUCAAGUCCUUGUUGGCAAACAUGAUAUAA